AUGAAUGGAGAUGAGUCCAAGGAAUGUGUCUCAGUGAGUCCCAAGAAACGGAUGAGUCUAGAGGAAAUAGUAAGGAAUCUCAAGCAUUAUGAUAAGAUGUCACGGCCGGAGAUGGAGACUGAUAGACAGGCUCCUGAAGAAGGAAUGUCAGGACCCGACGCGGAAGGCAAGGGCGGCUCUGCAAAGGAGGGGAAGGACCUGGUCAGAAAACAAGGUCAAUAUGCAUGUAGGCUUACAAAUAAAAUACACAGAAGUAGAGAAUGUGACAGCCACGAGAGUGAUAGUGACUCAGAGAGACAGCUAAAGAAACAAGAGACAAAUGACAGAGACAGUGAAAGUUACAAUCACAGACGAAGACAGACAGCCUCAGAGACACGGGAAAAGAAAUCGCCAGAUACGGAGACAGAGCCAGAAAAAAAAAGCAGAGCCAGAGAGCCACAGACACUCAGGGAAAAGGGACAGCCACAGACAGAGCCAGAGGUCCACAGACACUCAGAAAAAGGGACAGCCACAGACAAAGCCAGAGGGCCACAGACACUCAGAAAAAGGGACAGCCACAGACAAAGCCAGAGGGCCACAGACACUCAGGAAAAAGGGACAGCCACAGACAUUUCGGAAAAGAGACAGCCACAGACACGGACAGAGCCAGAGAGCCACGGAGACAGAGCCUCUGGACCGGGAGACCCAACAGCUGCUGAUCACGGAAUGACGAGCCCCGACAGCAGCACAAAGAUGGGUCUUAUGUCGCGCUGA